CCACCUCUCGCCCGACAAGCAACCAGCACAACACGAUGUCCCCGCCGUCGAUCCAAGCAGUCACGAUGGACAAUCCUCUCACGGAUACACCGCCGCCGGACAUCCUGGCCCUCCACCGCAUGCUCGAAAUGUUCUCCCACGCUCUCUAUGUUGAUGUCCGCCGCACCUUGGACCCCGCCGCCGUCAUCCCCUCGGAUAUAACACAUCGCAUGACGAGUGUCUACAACAUCAAAGGUGAGCGUCAAGUCCGCCCCGCCUUCCUGACCAAACUGCGCGGCCACAUGCGCUCCCUUCGCGAGGCGCGCAACGCGGGUGAGACAGGUAAGGCGUUCAGCGUUGAGCACUUCAUCGUGUCUCUGGGUGUCGCGGGGAUGCUAUGCCGACUGGUGAAUAUGAAGGACGGGGAUGUGGGCAGCGAUAUGAAACCGAGAUUGAGGUAUCGGUUGGGCUAUGUGAAGUUGGUGCAGAAGCGGGAUGCGGAGAAUGGGGUGGAGGUUUGGGUGCUGGAUUGGAAAGAGGGGAACCCAGGGGAUGAGAGGGAGCUGGGGGAGAUUGAGAAGGAGAUUGGGGGUUUGGGGGUUGCGGGGACGGGGGAUGGGAUGGAGGUUGGCUCGCGUAUCAAUGGCUUGGAUUCUGAGUUCGUAAAAGGCCAUCGGUAUGGGGCACUGCUAUGUGCGGUGCUGUUUAGGGGGAGCCAGUCUAGAACAAGGGCAUGCAGAGUUCAUGUUCGGGUUGGAGAGCGCGUGGUUAUCAAGGCUUAG